GCUCAGACGGUGCGCUUCGCGGCGAUGGGCCCGCGCAGGCUGGUCUCGGGGGGCGCCGACAGGACGGUCGGAUAUGGCGGUACGACACGCAGACCAGCAACUGGGUCGACCAGCACCGGUUCCCAGAGGAGGAGCACAGCGAUUUCGUGCGCGAUGUGGCGUGGCGGCCGAACAUGGGGAUCCCUGCCAACACGGUGGCGUCCUGCGCGGAGGACGGCACGGUGGUCAUCUGGACGCAGGCCAUGUUGGAUCAGCCUUGGAGGAAGCAGUUCAGACUUGAGCUCGCGGCCGCUGCCUGGCAGCUGUCGUGGGCCGUCACCGGUUCCAUUCUGGCCGUGUCCACCAGCGCAAACCGGUGCCACCUCCUCAGCGAGACGCGCGAGGGCCAGUGGGAGAGCGUGGAGGUGCGUGAGGAGGCGGAGGAUCCUGCCCUGGACCCUGGAAGCCCAGACCGUGCGGGCCCAGCGUUCGAAAGCGCUGCGUCCAGGUGA